UCGCCGUCGGCCCGACGCCGCCAUGAGCGCCGCGCUCUUCAGCCUGGACGGCCCGGCGCGCGGCGCGCCCUGGACUGCGGAGCCCGCCGCCUUCUACGAGCCCGGCCGAGCGGGGAAGCUGGGUCGCGGAGCCGAGCCGGCCGCGCCCGCCAUGUACGACGACGAGAGCGCUAUCGACUUCAGCGCCUACAUCGACUCCAUGGCCGCCGUGCCCACCCUGGAGCUGUGCCACGACGAGCUCUUCGCCGACCUCUUCAACAGCAACCACAAGGCGGGCGCCCUGGAGCUGCUGCCCGGGGGCCCCGCGCGCCCCGCGGGCCCCGGCCCCGCGCCGCGACCGCUCAAGCGCGAGCCCGACUGGGGCGACGGCGACGCGCCCGGCUCGCUGCUGCCCGCGCAGGUGGCCGCGUGCGCGCAGACGGUGGUGAGCCUGGCGGCCGCCGCGCAGCCCACGCCGCCCGCGUCGCCCGAGCCGCCGCGCCGCAGCCCCGCGCCCCCAGCUCCCGGGGCGGCGCGCGACAAGGCAGCGGGCAAGCGGGGCCCGGACCGCGGCAGCCCCGAGUACCGGCAGCGGCGGGAGCGGAACAACAUCGCCGUGCGCAAGAGCCGCGACAAGGCCAAGCGGCGCAACCAGGAGAUGCAGCAGAAGCUGGUGGAGCUUUCGGCCGAGAACGAGAAGCUACAGCAGCGCGUGGAGCAGCUGACGCGGGACCUGGCCGGCCUGCGGCGCUUCUUCAAGCAGCUGCCCGGCGCGCCCUUCUUGCCCGGCGCGGGGGCGGCGGACGCGCGGUGACGCGGGGGGCGUGCGGGCUGCGGCCGCAGUGCCUGGAACCGCCGGGCCGGAACCCCGGGCUGGACCCCCGGGCUGGGCCGGGACUCGG